UUUACCCAACGCAGGGACGGAGAUUACCUGGAACUCCUCUCAGGUGUGGCAAGCGGACGAUGAAAACCUCGUUACUCUGUCACAUCAUUGAAGGACGGCGUGUUUUCCGGCUUCAACUGUCCCUAUUCUCGAGAAAUCAAAUCUGGUCCUGUUUUCAUGGAAGUUCAGCAUUGAUAAUGUAAAAUAUAUCUGAAAGAGAUCAUUUCCCAAGUCAUGUAUAUGCGAACAGAAGCCAUGGCGAGAGGGAAUUUGUUGCCUUGAACUUUGGUUUUUGAAUCCAGAUAGGUUCAUGCGAAACCAUCACCUGGAGCUCCGGGUCCUUGUAAUCUGCAUCCGGAGCAGGAAUUACACCCCUCUUCAAUGGAGACAGGGUAUCCAUCUGCCGCUUUUUCCUGGAUUGAGGCUAGUGUACCGGGCGUCAUGUUCUAUUCAUACUUUUUGUUGACAUACAAUUCAUUGUCAGCCUCUUUAUUUAUGUGUUGUAGACCGGGCAUCCUUUCGCUAGAUUGCAUGGAUGGCGGGACGCUUUCUACUAUUGGAUUUGGCUGAAAUACACAUUAGCUACAGUUUAUACGUUGAUAUAUACCCUUUUAAAUGGCAACAAUGAGGAUGGUUAAAAAGUAUUCUGUAUGAGGCGCAGAUCUAAUUCGGUGGUCGCCCAAAAGGGGAAUUUGGGGUUGAGCCUCAUUAUUUACUCCCGCCGCGACCUCCACAACCAUUCCUCAUGGUAAUUUGUUCGAUGACAUAAAUCACUUUGCUCAUCUUCGACCCUCUUUUUACUGACAAUGACACCCAGUCAGGAUUGGAACUCAUGCUGUCCUCCAUCUCAGCCUCAGCUAGCCCUUGCCUUGGCUAUUGUCAAGUCGAAGCCUUCAAAUACCACGAUAAAAGAUCAUAUUCUCAAAAUUCGACGGCACAUCCAAAACGGCAAAGCAUAUCAUGCCCCUGAAUUGCCAGAGAAACAUCUAGACAGUAUAACUUUCUGGCGGGAAGCAUAUGAGAUGUCAGAGUCUGCCCAAAGCAAGCUUCUCGACAAAAUAUACGAGUUAGAGCAACGAAAUGCGGCCCUCCUUCUCAAGGGCGGGGAGUCCAAUGCUUCUGAAACCAAUGCGCCUAGGACGAAGAGGAAAAUUAACGGUGAUGGAGAUUCAACAGUACUGAGCCAUGCGCAAAAGAGGGCCAAAACCACGAAGAAUGGAAGACUGAAUACAUCUCGGCCUCAGAGCAAGGACUUUUUGAGUGGUACGGCGGAUGAGCUUGGAUUUUCAGAGAUUUCAACUCCGUUUCUGAGGCAUUUCCAUGCACUCCAAAAGCAGCUACAGAGAAAGAUUAACCACGAAGCUCUUGUGUCUCUUUCCGUGGGCCUAUGUGAAGCGAUUGACAUAACCAUUCGGUCGAGAAUAGGAGACAAACGCACCAGAUCGAAUGUUUCAGUUAAGCAAAAGACAUUGCAGCCACGCGAGCCUGGUUUACAGCAUGUUUUAAAGGGAAUCUGUCCUUCAUAUCCUUUGCUCCUACAGACCUUGAACAAAUUGUCCGAUAGUGACGACGCAGGAUCCGGUAUUGGGGUGCUAACCUACCACAUAAUCCAGCUUUUCCAGAAAACUCUCGGUCAUAUGCAUCAGUAUAUAAUUUCAAAAGGAAAAGAAAGCAUAGCACAAGGAAUACCCGCCGGCAAAAAGGGCAAGCAACGGUCUAAGACGAAAAUGACGAAGACACCGGCUAGCCCAUUGAUCACAUCAGACGAGGAAUUAACUUUAAACCUCUUCAGCCAUUUUCUCGCCAGUAUGAUCCUCUCACUCAAUCCCGUCAAACCGCAAGAGAAUAGUUUACUAGAAGGAUUUUUAUUUUCCAUUCUAGAAAAAGUGGGUAGGACACUGUGCCUUUUCGUGUUCAAAGAAUUAUAUUCCAAUUCCGACCUCCGUUUGAAUCCUGCUAAACUCCCCAUGCCGGGUAACUUCGAUAAAGAGUACCCUGCCAGGGGAGAAAUGGCAAUUGCCCAACGCGCGGCGGAAUGCGAAGCUAGGCAUCUAAUCUGGAUUCUUGAAAGGGCAAUAGCAUUCACAGACCAAUUUGAACGCCCUAGCGAUGUGAUAAAUGGUGAUUUGGUUCUGCCUGAAACAACUCUACCUAAGGGGCCGCCGUCCGAGGGAAUACUGCAGCGCGCAAAAACUAAGUUGCAAAAUACUCUUUUGAAAGGGAUCUUCGGGGAAAACGAGCCCAAAUUUAGGGAUUCCUUGAAAGUGCCGGAGAAGCCGUCUUAUUCUCUACCAGAGGUUUCGUCUGGCCGUUCGUUUGAUUCAGCUGCAACAGACCCUGCUGAGUGGUUUACACAAGAAGUUUGGCGCUUAAUUGGGUGGGACGUGUUGCUUGAUGAGAAGUGAAUGUUGAAGGGAAUGAUGUGGUCCAAGCCCGAUCUGUACUGCCCACGGUCGCCAUGUUUUUGAAAGUUUGAUUCUUUUAUUUUUAUGCAUUGAUUCAGCAACAUUUCUGUUGUGAUUCAGUGAGUUUUUUACAGCUGUAUUAUUUCUACAUUCGCUAUUAUCACAGUUCCUAUCUUGAUAUCUGUGGGAAGACGAAAUGUCAGGAUGCCGAAUGUCCGGCAUUCUGAUUAUGACUGGAAGGACUUUCUGUCAAUUUGACGUGGCAUAUCUAUAUACUUAUCCUAUCUAAUGAUACUCCAAACCAUAUUGCCUACGCAACAAGUUUUACUUUUCCGUACUUCUUGGAACUAUGAUCUUUCUCCUAGCUCUCAAGAUUUAGAAUCUUGACAGCAUUGCCUCCCAAAAUGGCCUUUGCAGUAUCCGACUCAGCUCCGAAAGCGCCAUCGAUAACUCUCUGGUUCAUCACGACACUCAGCCAUUGCUUAUCCUUACCAUCAAGGGGAGGGAAAAAGGGGUGAUCGGUUCCUGAUAUGCCAAAGUCAUGAGAUAUGAACUUUUUUUUACAGAAAAUAACGGCGUAGGACGUAUAUAAUGGUGAAGGGUUUUAAUUUAUGCAACUUACCAAAUAGAACUCGAUCCACAGACCCUGCCCCAUGCACAGCAGCCCUCAGUCCC